GCGGGCGCCAGUCGGCCAACAAAAACUACCAAAAUUCACUGUGCAACUGUCAUCGAACAGAUGGACAUGUCGUAAUUUCACCUCGAAGGUUUUUGUUGUGUGUUACAAGUUGUGACUUGUCUGCUGGUUAUGUGUUUGUGAGUGACAUUCUGGAAGAUUCCGUGCAAGAUGGCAAAAUCUGGUAUGUCAGAAUCGGACGUUGACAGUGGAAAUAACGGGGCCAAAUCGAUGGAAAACCACGAAACUAAACCCAAAACCUCCUUAAAGCUUGUAACGAAACGGCCAAGUGUCUCAACCCCCAUCAGCAUCCUGAUCGAGAGCUUGGUCAAGAAUCUGUGCACCAUCUACGAAACGGACGCGGAAAAAGUCUCAAAAAUGUACAAUCUGAUCUGCAACCGCCUGUUCCAAAUGAAUCUGAUUGAUGAAAGCUACCACAUGGAUGAGUUUGAAGGCAUGCGGGCGGCCUACCAACAGGCCUUCCACCACUUGUUGAAAACUUCAAUGGGGGGCGAAAACGCCGUGACUUUGCGCCCAGUUUGGCCAAACACUGACUUGAUAAAUUCGCACUAUUGUCAAGAAUUUGACGAGAUUGAGUACAUAGCUGGGGGCGGCUUUGGCCAGGUUUACCGCGUCAAACACAAACUAGACGGGACUGAAUACGCAGUUAAGAAAAUUCCAAUCAGAGCUGAGGGGAUCGAAGCCGUCCGGAACUAUCUAUCGGAGGUGAAAACCUUCGCUAGUGUUAACCAUGCCAAUAUCGUACAGUACAAAGCGGCCUGGCUUGAGCUGGGGGCCCCCACUGGGGGUAAUGCAAUUACGGACGAAACCGAAUCAUAUACUGAAGAAAUGAAAUCGCACAUUGACGCCGAAUACAUCUAUCACGAAACGCCAAGACACUCGUUUUCCGACGAGGUUAAAUCAGAGGAUACGUCCGAUUUUGAAGUUAACUUCGAGCAUAGCAUUAGUAGCGUUACAAACCGGUCGAAAAACUCGCGAAAACGUGUCAAACGGAACAGUGUUUCGGAGGGCGGGAAAGCCAUUUGUAAGUUGGACUUGAAGGAAAUAAGGGAGUUGAAAAUGCAGCAAAGGGCCAACGUGAAAUGGGCCACUCUUUACAUACAAAUGGCCCUAUGUCAAUCCACUCUGAAACAGUGGCUAGAGAGGCGAAAUGACGCCGAAUUGUUGGUCGAAGACGCUGAUAAAGCCCUACUUCCCGUCACAGGGCAUGUGAGAAACGAGACGAUUUACGAGGUUUUGAGGCAGUUACUUAAAGGGUUGGAAUAUAUUCAUUCCAAGGGAAUCGUUCAUCACGAUAUUAAGCCGAGCAAUAUUUUCAUUCAGAUUGAAAACGGCAAUUUGUUGGUACAGUUGGGUGAUUUUGGUUUGGCGUGUCCUUUGCAGAAUGUGAGGCAUAGUUUGGCGUUUGGUACGAAACUUUACGCGGCGCCUGAACAACUUGAUGGUAAAUGUGAUCCAAAGAGUGAUAUGUAUUCCCUGGGAAUCGUCCUAUUCGAGCUAGUCGAGCGGUUCCGCACCGACAUGGAGCGGGUCCAGUACAUUGAUGACUUAAGGAAAGGCAAAUUGCUGACACACGUCCACGUCCAACAUCCACAAUUGGCUCAAAUAAUUUGCCAGUUGAUGGUAAAAUACCCACAAGAUAGACCGGACGCUAGUACGUUGCUCAAAUCAAUAACUCAUAAUUCUGACGCCGAUUAUGUGAGAGAAUUAGAGUGUAAGCUAGCGGAACGAGACGAAGAAAUUUUAAGACUCAAAGAACUACUCAAAUCUGCAGGUGUUAAAAGUAUCUAAUUAAGGAAUGGCAAAUAAACUUGUUUUAUAAUAAUAGAGGAUUAUUUUAAGUUUUUUGCACCAUUGUCAUGUGGUGAAAGACUCUGAUGUUCUGGAAUGAGUUAAUCAGUAUUUUCUUACUUAAUUAUGGUUAGCCAGAUUGGGUUGCUUGGUGGCUAAAAUGCACGUUUUACUGCCAUUUUACUGUGCAUUUACGAAUUUUCUGAGUCGUCAAUAACUAGUUUUAAUUGUGUGGCGUAAGAGAGUAGAGUGAUUGGAGUGUGUUUUGUACAAUUUUUGAAUUAUUUAUUGUACAUUUCCAUGACUGAUGAACAUGAAGCGUUUUCAUGUAUAAAUCGAAAAUUGUGAUACGAAAAUUUGAAAUAAAUAUUUUUUAAAAAGUU